GAGUUCAGGGUAGCCUACUUCUUCUCCACAACUUCGUAGCUUAGCAAGGUUCCUUUUUUUUUUUUUGUUUUAAUUUUUUUCCUGAGCUUACUGGAACAAAUUAAUGGCUUUGGUUUCAACACAGAAACUGCCCAUGUAUUCUACUUCUACUCGUGGAAAGCUCACCUUACCCCAACAUGUGGUUCGGAUGAUACCUGUGCUUUUUCCAUCAGAAUUACAAAUUGCUAGAAGGGCAGAAUUGACUAUGUUUAAUUUCGAAGGCCCUAAUGUGGCUGAAUUUGUAGUAACCGCAUCACUUCAAAGACAAGGGGAAAAUGGUGAGAGGGUGGUUCUCUUGGAAAGUGGGUGGAAGCCUGUGGUUAGGGAACUUGGAUUGACAGAAGGAGACACGGUGAGUAUUUAUCUCUUGGAUAACAUGGCGUGGAUUUAUUCAAUUGAAGUGCAAAGGGUUCCAGUCCCAGAGGCUGAUAGAAUUGAUGUUAAUGCCAUGGAUGAGGAUGUAGUACUGGAAGGGGCUCCAGUAAGGAUGGAGUUCGACCUGAAUGAACCUGCCCAACCCAACAUGGAGAUCAAUCUGAACCAACUGAAUCAACCGGCGGUAAGGAUGGCGUUCGACUUGAACGAGCCUGCCAACCCCAACAUGGAGAUCAAUCUCAACGAUGAAUAGUGGAGGAGGGGAGUAGGAGACUGAUCUUGCUGUUACAUUAGUAUAAUACCCAUCCACAAAUAUGCAUUCAAUUUCUUUGCUUGUCCUUUUUUAUUUUUUUUUGGUUUUUUGUUGGAGUUUUUUUUUUUUUUACUAGUGUGGUUUAGAGUUUUUAAGAUGGAUUUGAUUUUAGUCGUUGGGUUGUUAGUGGAUGGCUUACUGUUUGUCCUAUUGUCCUUGUUUGUUUUAUACAUUUGAGUUUAUAAAUAAAAAUAUCUAUA